AUGAUUUCCGGUUGCAGUCUGCGCACACAGUUGGAGGCAACCGGAUUUCGCUGCAUCAUCAUGCACCCCCAGCUCGAUCGGGUUAGAUUUGACACCUGUGAGUCGCUUAUGGAUGCACUCGAGGAGUGCCAUCGGCAAGAGUUUCUCAAACAGGCUUUGGGACUGUGCAACUUUGAAAAAGAUGAGCUUGCCAAAUGUAUUCAUCAUACGAGGCUCAACGAUGCCAACGAACGGAUCAAAAGAAGUAGAGAGCGCCAGAAGGAGUACGAGAAGCGUCGUCGUGAGCGGGAAGAGGAGAUGUAUGGAAAAAACAAUUAUUUGAAGAAGAUGAUUGAACAAGAAGCUGCGAAAAAGACCGGCAGUUGA